AGCUUGGCAACGAUGUUUACUACAGCCGUCAGGACUGCAUUACCCACAAUGCACUGUUCACCGUUGACAAAAGUCUUGCUUUCUUGGGUCACUUAUCGAACUCUGGCCGUGUCAGCCAGCUUACUUUCUCUUAUUUGACGGAAUAAUGCAUUUGUCAGGCGCGGGCCUUGGGGAAAUAGGGCACGGACAGGGGCCCGGAGUGGGCCCGGCGCCUGGAAGCUGCAAUCCGCGUAAAUUCAGCGAGAAAAUCGCGCUGCACAAUCUGCGACAGGCUGAAGACACAGCCGCUUUCCGAGAGGUUAUGAUGGACAUUACUUCCAUCAGGGUUCAGGCUGAGAGAAUUCGGCAAACCAGAGACUUGGUCCCAUACUAUGGAGGAUCGCUGCCAAAUGUCAAUCAGAUUUCAAGAUGCUCCACAGAAGCCCAGUACCCAAGUUAUCUCACCCAGCAGCUCCUAGAGGCAGAUGAAGAGUACAGAGACGUCCAGCCCAGUCCUCUUGGCAGGCUGCACAGAAGACAUUUUAAUAGUGCUCCCUAUCUCUCUACUCACCUCUCUCCUCCUCGAGGCCCUACCUGGAGAAGAAACUGGUCCAGUUGUUCUGCCACUGAGAAGAGCCAGAUGGUCCGUCUUCCUCUGACAGCUCUUAAUAGAACCAACUCUGACUCAGCCCUCCACACCAGUGUGCGAAACACCCAGCUGCAUGGCCACCCGAAAUCUGUCCAAACCCUGAACCCUCAAUCCAGACACCAUGGGUUUGCACAUCCUGCACCACUGAUUGAAGAAAAUAUUCAAGAGGAGACACAAUCUCCCAAACUAAAGAAGUUAUCCUCAAUGGGAUCAUUAGGAUGUGAAACACCUGUUGUUCACAACUUCCCAUUGCCCGAUCAGCAGGUAUCGUCCCUCCCUGUCCAGUCGGCCCUCAGUACGAGCGGCUCUCUUCCAGACCUCUCCAGCCUCCACCUGCCUUCUCCUCUUCCUGUAGGCCAGGAUUCUGAGCCCCACAGCGGUGCGGAGCAAUUGAGCAACACUUCCACACACCCUGACAUUAUGGCUGACUUUAACUUACCAGGUCUGUCCUCAUCUCUUCAGGCAUCUUUAAGUAAUCCUUUACUUCAGUCUUCACUCAGCAAUCCCAACAUCCAGACCUGUCUGAGCAGCCACUCCCUGCCCAGCUCUCUCAGCUCCACGUCUUUGCGUCUGUCACUUAGCAACUCUUCCCUGCAGUCCUCACUCAGCAACCAGUCCCUGCAGUCCUCCCUCAGUAGCUCUUCACUGAGUAACCAGUCCGUCCAAUCAUCUGCCAGCCGCUGCAGCCACAGCAGUGGAAUCGGUGGCUCUCGCUCCUGCUCCUCUUCUUCUCUCUCUGGUUCUCCACGUGUAACAGGCCACACUCCUGCCGCCACAUCACGCAAGAGAGCCCAGCUCAGCCCACUCAUUGUGCCCAGUGGCGGAGAGUCCCGCUGGCAGCAUCCAAAGCAGUUCUCACCCACACUGUCUCCAACCAUGUCUUCUGUAUCCCAGGGUGCUCUCCUCAACCCCAACAAAGUUCUGAAGGAGACGAAGCCACCAGCGUAUCCCUGCACUCAGCACCUCAGAUCCGCUCCUCCACUGUCCCAUCAGCCAAUGCGGCAGUAUUUCCAGCCAGAGGCACAGCAUCAAUCAAUCCCAGAGAUGGAACAAUGGAGUCAAGAUGAACAAACACACAGUCAGACACAACACCACCACACUCACAAACACAGUCGGCCCCUGCAGCAUCAUUCACAACCACAUGCUAAAUAUCAUCAACAGUUACUGUAUCAUUCCCAGACUCACCAACCACACAUCUCACUGCAAGGGCUUUCCCAGCAGCAGCAACAACAGUAUCAACUGUACACACAGUUCCAGCCUCAUCAAAUACCUGAGGAGCAGUACCAGUGUCCGGGCCAGUGGCAGAUGCCAUGCCAAGAGGGCCAGUACCAAAAGCAACCUGUAACUUUCCCUUCUCCAGGUCAGGAGAAAAACUGGAAUCAUGUAACAGGCCCACAUGGCAUGCAACAUGCACAAAUGAAACGUAGACACUGUAUGCAGAUGCCAGAAGAACCAAAACUACUAUCUAAGGUCGCUGUCCAGGAGACUCAAGGAAAGGGAUCGAAGGUCCCUCAUUAUAACGAAAAUGAAGUAACUGAAGCAAAUCCAGGUUUACAGGAUAAAGGUUUUGAACUGAAUAAGGAAUCAUAUGUUGGCUUACAUCUUACCCCUAGUCAGGCAAAGGCCCUUUCCCAGCAGCUUGGAGUGCUUCAAAAGGAGCCUCUAGGUGGCAGUAGAGUGUCAGAUCUGAACUGUGAAGCUGCAGAAAGCAAGGAACUGCUAGCACAGAAUCAAAGCUACAGUGCUGGAGAGACACAAAAUAUGUUCAACAUCAACUUAUCUGACCCGUCAUCCUGGCUGGACCAGGACAUAUCAAGUCUGCCGGACUCUGUUUUGGAGUUUGAUCUAGAAACGUUUGGUCUGGACAGUAACUUAGGUUGGCCAUGAAUGUAUCAUAAAAGUGAACCAAAAUGUACGUGUGUGUUGUUAUGACACAUUCAUUUGGACAAGUACACUUUUAAGAGAAUAUUUUUUUGCCAGUGGAAUUGAAAUAUAGUCUUAGAAUCAAAUAGAAGGUAAACUAUUAAUUGGCUAUUAAAAGGUUCUUUAAGGGAACAAACAGGAAAUUAUGUUUUAAUAAAUAGUUUUGCACACAGAGGUCCUAAAUAGCAGGUCUAUGUGCCUUAAUAUGCAUUUUUGGUUAUAUUUUAUUAUAAAUAGAAUAAAUAGAUUGUUUACGUACAGAUACAUCAGGUGAAGUCAUGUAUGAGUUGUUUAGGAAAUGUAUAUUUUCACAUUUCUUAGCAUAGAAUAACUGGUAUAAUAUGGAAAUGUAAGAAAAAAUGGCUAGUUUAGGGCCUAAAUUAACUUCAUCAAAAUGAUGUCUUGAUGGCAAAACAUAGUAAACAUUUUUAACGUUUUACUCUUUAACAUUUAGAUCAAAACUAAUUAUGUAUAAUUAGUUAUGUAUAGACUUAUAGAUUUCAUAUUCAUUUGUUUGCAUGUUAUAGUAUUUUGAUAUAGUGUGACUGGGGUCAUUUUUGUGACUUCUUGUAACUGACCAUUGACAGACACCUGCCUUUGAAUUUCUAUAUCAUCAUUUUGUUGCAGUUUUAUCUUUCAUAGAUAUUCAAAAUGCAGUUUUAUUAUAUUUUCAUAUUCAUUUUGCUUUAUCGCUCUCUGGUAGAGGUCAUGUUGUUUUUCAGUAUUUGUCUUCAAUGUGAAAUCUAAAAUAUUUUCACAGUAUGCAUAUUGGAAUACAUUUACAUUUCUGACAGAAUUAAUAACACAUAUUAUGAACAGAAACACCAUCUGUUAAGUCCAGAAGUAUUGUAAUUAAAAAGUGGACUAAUUCCUCUUAGCGUGCUUUUUCAGAUAUUGUUACUAUAAAGAUUAAGACUGAUUUACCAGUUUACACCAGGCCCGGACUCACAGAAAAGCCAUAUUGGUUACACUUUAUUUUACAGUAUGUAAACUUGCAUGUACUUACAGUGUGCUUACAGUGUACCAACCUAAGAAACCGGUAAUAUAAGGUAACUACAUGUUCAGGGUUAGUACCUUGUUAUUAUCUAGUUAUUGUAAUUAAUAUAAUAAGUACAUAGUAUGUACACAUGUAACAGGACUGAAAAAUAAAGAGCUACCACCAUA